AUGAUACCCAGAUCAACGGCGCGCCGCGUCCUCCGGGACCUCUCGUCCCACCGCCCAUCGCGACCGCUGGCCCCCUUCUUCUUCUUCUCCCCCGCGACCCUGCGCCCCUUCGCGUCAACGCCCACGUUCCGCCUGCAGGCCCGGGGGCCGCCGCCGUCGCCGCCGCCGCCGAUGUCCCCGGUCCCCCAAAACCCACACUCUGUCCAGCAGGCCGUCGCCGCGAACGCCGCGCUCUCGAACCUCUCCCACCUCUCCCCCGCGCAGAUUACGGCCCUCCUCUCGACGUCGCCGCCGCCGUCCCGCCGCUCGGUCUACCUCCGCCGCGCUCUCUGGGCCCUCUUCUUCUUCGUCGUCGGCUACAAGAUCACCGACGACCAGCUAGCGACCGUGCGCUUCGUUUACCCCUUCACGAACCCGCCCGUUGAGAUCGACGACCCGGAGACGAUUCGCAUGUAUCGCGCCGAGGUCACUUCCGCUGCCAUCCAAGAUUACCCCAUACUCCAAUCCAUGAUCCCGACAAUCAACCCCGCCACCGGCUUGACCGCGCCCACGGACUGGGAGCACUGGGAGCCCUACGCCGACUUCCCGCCAGAGACGCUGGCGCGGCACCUCUGCGGCGGCACGCUCAACGACCCCAACGGCCUGGGUCUCGUCCACCUCGUCUUCCGCCACCGGUACACGGGCGAGCUGAUCCUCGCCGUCGUUUUCGGCCACAGCACCUCGGGCUGGCCCUCGGUCGUCCACGGCGGCAUGCUCUCCACCAUCAUGGACGAGGCCAUGGGCCGCCUCGCCGCCCUCAGCUUCCCCGCCAACACGGCCGUCACGGCCAAGCUGGCGGUCGACUUCAAGGUCCCCGUCACCCCCGGCAUGCUCUACAUUGUCCGCGUCGCCAAGGCCCUGCCAGAGUUCCAGAAGGCGCGCCCGGACGAGGAGGACAAGUCGGACCGCAAGAUGUGGGUCGUCGGCCGCAUAGAGGAUCCGGACGGCGCUACCGUCGUCGAAGCCAAAGGGCUGUUCGUCGUGCCCAAGGGAGACGCCGUGAAGCCGUUGGGGAAGAGGUUCUAG